AUGGUGCACUUUCGCCCUCUGUUUGGCUCGCGCGCAAGCGUACACGACGUCCAUGACAGCUUCGGCACCACGCUCGAGGCAGUCAAGACCAGCGAAAGCGAGCAUGCAAACCCUUUCGAACAGCACAACAAGGAUGCUAACUCACCUCCACACGAACAACCCGUGUCCCCACAGAGCCAGCAGCAGCAAGGCGGAAACGACCUCGCCGGUCUUCUCAAUGGCGCUGCCCUUGUGUCCAGAAAAGAUUCCCAGUCCAAGACCCAACAGAGACAUAACGACGACGCCGCUGUCGCUCUAGAUUCGAGUGCACCACCGUCAGAAGACGCUGCCGGUACCGACUUGAACUCGCCCGAUAAUGCUGCGGCAUGGUUGAAAUCGCGCAAUCAAGCCGAGACCUGGGAUCAGCAUGAAUCUGCUCGCGCAAGGUCCAAGCUGGGCAGGACGCUCAAGAAGGUCGACGCCAAGAUCCGUUCCACCAUCGGCGUCAAUGCUCCUCCCACCACUCAGCAGAUCAGGAGCCCUUACUCGAUUGGCAAAAAUGACCACCUCACAAGUCAAGACAAUUUCGCUGUCGCCGAGCUCUUGGACGAGGCCAGUCUCGAGACAUUGCAGCACCUCUCAACUGACGAAGAUGAUGACGACGGCGAUGACGAGGACGAGGUCGAGGACGAGGACGAGGCCGAGGUCCAGCAAAAUGCCCAACUCCGUGACCAGCAUGUCAACGAUAAUGAUGACGGAACGACGCUUCGAGAGCCCCAGCUUCGAUCUGACCCCGACAAGAUCAAAGGAUAUGUAGACGAACUUAAUCAAGUCAAGCAGGGUGCUAAGCAGCGUCGGUCCGGCAGCAUGGACGGUGCUCGCCCCGGCGAUACUGUCCGCACGCGUGCACCUGUCGAAUUCUCCGCAGACGAAAAGAUCAAGGCCAUCAUCGAAGAGUUUGGCGAGUGCGCCUCAGCAUCAGAGCCCAAUGAGCCCGAAAAGCUCAUUGUCGAUCACAAUGCCGUCCUCAUGAAGACGGUGCUGAUCAGAGGAAAUCUCUUUCUCACCUCCCGUCGCGUCUGCUUUCUCGCUUACAUACCAGACGCUGCCAGCGGCAACAGCAACAGUUCCGAUUAUCCCCACCCCGGGUCCGUUGACAUCCGUGCACCUUCCGAUCCGAAUGUGGAAAACCCUAUUCUCCAGUCGGGUCCCGCGAUCCUCCACCGACUCGGAAAGUUGCGUCCUAAGCGCAGAGUGUGGCUGGAGCUGCGAAAGGAUUCUUUCAACGCAUACUCGGCUAGCAACAAGCUGUACAAGCCUCUGCUUUCGGCGCGUCUCGCCAACAUGCAUGCGGUUCUACCCAUCGAUUGGUCCCAGCCCAACGUCAUCCGCUUCGUCGAGGGUACCACCUAUAGCUCUGUCGAGUUCAAGACGCAGGAAGCCGCGCUCGAGUGGCGCAAGGAGCUCGAGGCAGCCGCCUUCCAUGCGCGCAACACUGCCGAAAAGGUGCGAAUUAGUAUACCACUCGAACGCAUCGUUGGUAUCGAUGCGGCUGAUUUUAUGCGCGUCGCCAAGGUUCUUCACAUUGAUGUCCUAGUUGGCGCCGUCAACGACGACGAGGUACUUCAAAUCGAACAAGAGAAUCGCGAGCGUACCGGCCGCCAUCAGCUUGAUCGUACCUGGUCCACCAGCGACGCCUUCUUCAAUUGCCCCAAGAAUCCCGGCUUCAAGUGCCAUGUCACCCAAGUCACCUUUGGUGUCACCCACAAUCGCUCCGCCUUCAUCGACCUUCUCCGUGAAGCUCUCACGCCGUCCAGGUCCAUACAGCAUUCCACAGGAUACAAGAAUUUGCUCAGCAUUUCGCCGGCUCCCCUCCUCGAUCUCCAAGGCGAGCCUGACGUGGAAGAUGUCUCCACUGAUAGCAGCUAUUCUUCCGACGACCACAAGAGCUCGCUUGCAGACAAGUUCUGUGACGCCUUUGCUCUACCCCAUCGCCCCGACGAGCUUCAUAUCGUCAAGGCUGAGCUCGUGCGAACGCUCCACACCCACGGCACCAUCGCCAUUGGCCUCGACUACUUGCUCUUCUGGCGCAGAGCUGUUGGCCGCGAGCUCAAAAUCAAAGUGCCUCUCAACGAUCUUCGAGGCGUCGAUACGUAUCGCUCCAUGUUUUGGCAUCACUUUGGCCUCGUUGUCCACAUCACGGCGCAUUCCGACAUGUAUUUCGACUUUGCCUCCAAGGACAAUCGCGACAUGACGCUCCACAAGCUCGCAGGCUUCAUCCAAGCCAAGCGAAAGCAGAGCAAGGAGGGCACAGCCAGCCAUGACGCUCCAGCCACCGAGGCCAAAGGUGACCACAAGUCCCCCGAAGCAGUCCAAAACAUGCCGGGCAAGAAAGUUGCCGCCGAGGCGCUUUUGCACGAUGACGAGUCCGAGGUGCCCGUGUUCGAGCCUGAUGUGCUUGCUUACCUGCCCAAGGUGGUCAACAUGGACCGCAACGCGAUGCGCGACUCCAUCCGCAUCUCACCCAUGCGUAUCUACUGCCUGACUAUAGGCUCGCGUGGUGACGUGCAACCCUAUAUUGCUCUUUGCAAGGCGCUCAAGGAGCACGGUCACACCCCUGUCAUUGUUUCGCAUCCUGAGUAUCGCAGCUGGGUUGAAGGGCACGGUAUCGAGUAUCGUGGCGUAGGUGGCGAUCCUGCCGCUCUGAUGAAGCUCAGCGUUGAGCAUCGCAUCUUUUCGCCCGCUUUCUUCAAAGAGAGCAUCGGCAAGUUCCGCGUUUGGCUCGACGAGCUGCUGCGUGAAUGUUGGGAAGAGUGCCAGGGUGCCGAUCUGCUCAUCGAGAGUCCUUCCACCAUGGCUGGUAUUCAUGUUGCCGAAGGCCUUAGUAUCCCAUACUUCCGUGCGUUCACCAUGCCUUGGACAAAGACCUCAGCCUACCCACAGGCGUUUAGCGUUCCGUCCAUCGAGAUGGGUCCGUCUUACAACUCGUCGUCCUACACGCUGUUUGAUCAGGUCAUGUGGGUAGCUACUUGUGGUCAGAUUAACCGGUGGCGCAAGCAUAUGGUUGGCAUCGGUCCUACAGAUAUGUCCAAGUUGGAUGCAGAUUCGGUGCCAUUCAUCUACAACUUUUCACCCGCCGUAGUGCCUAUGCCGAAUGACUGGGGUGACCGUGUCAAGAUCUCUGGCUACUGGUUCCUCGACAAUCCGGAAUCUAAUUGGACGCCGCCCAAGGAAAUGUCGGAUUUCCUCGAACGCGCCCGAAAGGACGGCAAGAAGAUUGCCUACAUCGGAUUCGGUUCGAUCACCAUCGAAGAUGCCGAAGAGGUUACCGCGAACAUCAUGAAAGCAGUACACCAGGCGGACGUUCGAGCUAUCGUGGCCAAAGGAUGGAGUGGGCGCGGUGGAUCCAAGACGAAGAAGAAGAAGAAACAGCAGCAGCACAAACCUCAGUUGGAACACAAAGACUCGGCUGCUUCUCAUCCUGAGGGCGAAGAUGCGGCUACUGAAGAAGAGCACGAACCCGAGAUUCCGAUCCCAGACGACGUAUUUGUCGUCGAGUCGGUGCCGCACGACUGGCUGUUCCCUCAAAUCGACAUUGCGAUGCAUCACGGAGGCGCGGGUACCACGGGUGCAUCGUUGCGCGCUGGUCUAGUUACGUUGAUCAAGCCGUUCUUUGGAGACCAAUUCUUCUGGGCCAACAGAGUGCAGAAACUGGGUGCUGGUGCGCGCGUCAACGGCUUGAGCGUUAGCGACAUUAGCGAUGCACUCAAGAGCGCUGCUUCAGAUCGCGUCAUGGUGGAAAAAGCGCAAGGAGUAGGCGAAAAGAUUCGCUCGGAAAAUGGCGUGGCUACUGCCAUCGAGUUUUUGUACAAGAACAUUCCGCUUGCGAACAGGCGUACACAGCGCAAGCUGGAGCGUGAAGCGAUGCACGAGUCUUCAACAGACACGAGUCACAUUCGCACCAAUCCGCUGAGGCGCCUCAGUUCGCACCAUAGACAGAACAGUUCGGGGGGCGAGCGCAAGGAUUCGCAGCACAAGCAGCAAAGGGGGGCCACGCUUCCAACCGUCUCGACCUUGUGCGAUGCUUCUUCGUCUUCGCCCACCUCAUCGCGUGAGGAGCAGGCAUUCCACCGGUCCGCUACGAUCUUUGAGUCACCCGCUAACGAGGCUGGCACUCCGCAAAGCGCAGGCAGCUCGAGCCCGACGAAAACUAGCUCUUUCCUGGCUACGUUGAGCUCGCUCAACCCUUUACCCGCUUCAAUGACAGCAUCGCUUAAGGAGACAAUUACGCUGAACUCAAGCACUUCGGACACAACGGCGGAUGGUGAAGAGGCAAAAUGGUUUGGCGAGAGGAGUAACACUAGCACUACGCUCCCAGGAGCGUUGAAUGUAGGCGAGGAAAGCGAGGAGCACAAAAUGAACCGUCUCAAAGGGUACAAGAAUGCGAAAGCCGAAGACAUUCGCAGGAGGAAACUGCUCUUGGAGCGCUUGGAGAGGGAGAGAGCGGAGAAGCAGCAGAAUCAGCCCCAGCGCAAGGAGGAAGAUGAAAAUUAG